UUCAAAAACGGGCUAGGAGUUAAAAAUGAGGGAGGUAUACAAACAGGCCAGCAUAAAACUCUUAAAAUGCAUAGAUGCAAUUGAAAAGGGGAACUAUUCAAGGACAAGUUCAUGAAGACUAUUCAGUUAUAUUUUUGCAGUAGAUGUUUUAUUUAAACACCAAAUAAUACAGAUGUUUCCUUCUGUUGUAACACAAGUAGUUUGAUGAAUGUUAACAUCAAGUUCCUGUUUAUCAGAAUCCUGUUGAUGUGUUUUUAUAACCUAUCAGUGCUUGACUUGUUUUAACACAGACACGAGUGUCCUCUGUACUACUCAUCAGCGGUCCAUCUUCCUGUUCCUGGGCCUUGGUAAAAAGAGUGUCCAUGAUGCAAUGAAGAAGGUAAAAGAUUUGUACCAGGCUCACUGCUCCACAAAAAAAAUGACAAAGGAGGAGUUGGCAGACUUCACCCAGGAUGAAAUAAAGGAUCUACAGAAGCUAGUGGAGGCCCAGGGUUUGCAUGUACAGCAGGACCAGAGUGGAGAUGGAGGCUUGGUAGUCAGCGGGUUAAAAGAUGGGGUCACCGAGCUGAUACAGAUGCUUCACGCUGCUGCUCGACGGAGAGAAGUCAGAGUUAGGGAGGAGGAUAAUUUGUACCCUUGUGUGGCGUGGUGCAUCCUGGGAUAUGAUGGUAGCUGGGAAAGGCUCCCCAAAACAGAUAAUUAUAACCUAGAGCAUGAUAUCAAGAAAGAGAUAGUGGACACACACGGAAACAUGUGGAGCGUGGAUCUGCAGAAGAUGGAAGCCAGAAGUCGGUUAGCUAGAAAAACCAAGCUAAAACGACUGGAGAAUCACUCAGACUUUACUCUUCCUUUGUACUGGGACAAUAUGGCUAGUGGUGAAAAUCUAAAAGUGGUUGCAUUGGAGCCUUCCUCUUCAGAGUACCUCAAAGUAAAGGCGGCCUUCACGCAAACAGUUCAGAAGAAUAUAUUGAAAAUUGAACGCUUGCAGAAUGUCCAUUUGCGGCAAAGCUACGAAGUGCAAAAGAAGAAGCUUUCUGAAAAGAACAGACAGGAAGGGGGAGCACGUGAAAGGCUUCUAUAUCACGGGACGAGUCAGGACAGCUGUGAGUCCAUCAUAAGAAAUGGAUUCAACAGGAGUUUUUCUGGGAAACAUGCAACCUUAUUUGGUCAGGGGACCUACUUUGCUGUCAAUGGCAGCUAUUCAGCCAACCCCGGCUAUUCAAUGCCAGCUGCUGAUGGUUCUCAGAGAGUAUUUGUGGCCCGAGUCCUCACUGGUGUUUACACUCAGGGCAACAGCAGCAUGAAGGUGCCUCCGCCUCGCAGCAAUCAGCCCGAUGACCGUUAUGAUUGUUUGGUGGACCAAAUAGCAAAUCCAAGCAUGUUUAUUAUUUUCAAUGAUAACCAGGCAUAUCCAGAUUACCUCAUUACCUUCUGUUAGUGCUUCAUCAUGGGGAACAUUUCCUAUACAGCUAAUACAUUUUCAACACAGCAUUACCAUCAGUAACUUGAAUAGUCAGGCCCCAUCUUAUG